AUGUAUGCUGGAGAAUCGAGGCCAGAGCUAGAGGAUGCUUGGGACGAUUUGAUGCGGGCGGAAGUCUUCCGAGCAACGGCAGAGGACCUUUCUCUCGAUGAUGAAGCCGUGAACGACGCGGUCACGCUUGAGCAUGGUGGGUAUCUAGCCAGCUUGAGCGUGUACCAUGCUCUUCACUGUAUCGAGUGGAUCAAGCGCAACUAUGCAAGAGCUCAUACUAUCGACGAACUUCAUGGCAAGGAAGGGCAUCUUGAUCAUUGCCUCUACUUCAUCCGUGAAUCGGUAACAUGUCGGGCAGAUGUGACCAUCAACAGUUUUCACUGGGGCGAAGAUAGUGAUGUUCCUCUUUCUCUGCCUGGCAAAGAGCGUCCUUGCGUUGAUCUUGCUGCUGUCCGGGAAUGGAUUCUUGAGCGUGCUUUGAAGCCGGGCGAACGAGCGGUCCAUACUAAUGGAAGUCUCGGGGCACCGCACAACAAGUAUCGAUUCGAGAUGCCAGAAGGCUAG